AUGCAGCUCGAUGAGAUUCAGCACUUGCUGGACAUAUCUGCGUCGGAGACUGUCUCAAAGAGAGUCCUGGUGGGCAACAAGGCGGAUGUUGCUGCUCCAGGGAACACUGAAGAGGCCGAGGCUUUCGCCACGGGCAAGGGUUUGACGUACUUCGAGGCCUCUGCCAAAGAUCACGAGAGUGUAGAA